AAUACGGUCCUGACCUACCUCAAGUGACCCUUAAGUUUUAAAUGUCUAAUGGAUGUGUCACUGGAGUCAUCUGGCCAGGCUGGUUUGCCAUCUGUAUGUGUUUAUUGAGAGGGUGUAGCAAUUAAAUGUGAUUUCUAUGGCAUGCCUGCUUUGAGAAACACUGUUUUUAGUCCCCUUCUUAAUUUUUUGGGUCUCAAAAUAAUGGUAGCACUCUUUUUCUCAUCAGUGUUUUCCCUUCUCGUGAUUUACCUCAUGUUACUUGGAAUUUUUCUUAAUUAAAAAAAAAAAACAAGUGAUUAUUAAAGCAUUAAGGCUUGAAUAUGUGUCUGCAGUCAGUGGGCAAAGUGCAACAUGUGGAUAUCCAUGGGACUGGGAACGCUUAAGACUGGUUGGUCCUCAGAGAAAUGGUCCCUUUGGACAAUAUACAGAAAAAUGGACAUGGAGAGAAUUAGCCACUGGCAAGUCAUGUGGUAGGAAUGACUAUGAAAUGAGCACACACACACCUGUUAUAAAUACUAAUAGUGGAGUCUGUAUGUGGUAGAAUGUACUUGAAAAUAAUGACCCUUUUUCCACAUAACCUCCCUUAUUUCUCUCUCUCUUUUGAUCCUGCAGUUAUUGCACUAGAGAAGAAGGACGUCAUCAGUAAACUCGGAGACAACGCUACACUGAGUUGCAUUUAUAACAAAAGAGACUUGCAAUUAAAAAAUCUACGGGUAUAUUGGCAAAUCGCCGAUCAAGUGAAGUGUUCAGUUGUGCAUGCACUGGUCUCUGGUCGAGACAACUACAGUAAUCAGUGUAUUCACUUUAAAAACAGGACUCAGUUAUUCUGGGACAGAUUGGAAAACGGUGAUUUUUCUCUACUACUACUCAAUGUCAGCCAGAGUGAUAAACAUACAUACAAAUGUAUAGUACAGGAGAAAAAAGAAUUUCCCAAAGUGGUUCACCAGGCAGAAGUGGUUCUCAGUUUAGCAGCUAGUUACAGCCAACCAGUACUCAGUGGACCAAUAAGAAACAGUACUGGAGAGGAGGUGACUUUCAGCUGCAGGUCUGGCAAUGGAUACCCAAAGCCCAAUGUUUAUUGGAUAAAUAAAAUGAACAACAGUCUCCUGAACGCAUCAACGCUGGAGAUCAUCUCCCACGCCGACGGCACCUACAGUGUUUUCAGCACCCUGACAGUGAAAGCCACUUCCAACAUGCAAAUAGAGUGCUCCAUAGAAAAUGAAAUGCUGCAGGAAAAUCUAUCAGCCAACUACACCGAGCAGAAGCAAAGCAAUGGUUCUAGCACAGAAAACCUAGGAAAAAAAGGAAGACUUGCUCAAGCAGCUGGCAUCAUUUGCAUUGUCAUUCUGAUAGGCCUUCUAGUUGUUUUAAUCUGCUGGCUGUGGAGACGGAGGUCCUCCCAUCUGGUGUCCUAUACAGAUGUCCCACCAAAUGAAUACAAAGAAGGACCCAACCCUCCUGCCUAAAUGGGAAGUCUGCCAACAAUUUGGGCAGCUGGAGAUGUGUCAAGAGAAGCAUCACUCCCUGUCUCAAUGGCAGCACUGUUUGUAAUACAAGUGACAGAUUUCUGCCAAGAGAGAUGGCAAAAAAAAAACCAACCAAACCACAAAACCAAAAACAAAACAAAACAAGCUUCUCCAACACAAGGGACAGGAAAUCUGCUGGACUGUCAUUUCAGCCACUGACUGUGUCCACACAGCAGUUGUGUGACCACUCCAGUUAACCACCUGGGACAGUCCUCUGUGACUGUCAGUGAUUUGAGUACCUGCACUGAGGAAUGCAGUGAGCCUGGGACUAAACUGCUCUGUGCCAGAGCACUGGAAGUUGGUGGCUGUCCUGUCUCUCAUCAUCAUCUUUGAGGAUUUUGCUGGGAGCAGAAACAGCUGCAUUUCAGGAGCAUGGGAAGUUCUUGCUGUGUCACCUCACCCUGAUGAUGACUACUGGAUGUGAAGAAAGGCAGCUAAAAUAAAGAAAUAAAACCGAAGGACUCUGCAAAGUGAGAACUGUAACUAACCCUUUCCAUGUUUCUCUGUCUACAGUACAUCCUUUUCAUUGCCUGGUUUCACCAGCUGCAUGUUAUUGUGUACAGAACUAGGCAGAACACUUUGACCCAGGGCUCCAACACUGAUGGGAUUAAGCACUGAAUGUUUUAACAUAAGAGUGCCUUCUUUAAAUGCACUUGAUAGCAACAUUUUGGUUUUUACCAAAUAUUCCACCAAAAAGGGGAUUUUCACUUUUUACAGGAGUCAGAGCAUACUGUGCAAAAGAACAGGCUGUGGAAUUCUGACCAAUUAAAAAUAGGGUUUUCUGUUAUGUUAAUGUUGGGUUACCUGGACUUACCCUUUUCAGGAUGAAACAAAAACCACAGUCAAGUUCUGCUUGAUUCAACUGAAUCUCUAUUUAAGUACACUCCUGUGGCUUCAGAUCCUCCUUUCAGGGAGGAUUUUAAACUGAAGUUUUUAAACUGUUCCUCUGCUUGUGUCUCAUCCCUCCACCUUCCCAACAAAAAAAAACAACAAAAAAAAACCCCAAAAAAACCCAAACAAACAAAACAAAAAAAACCCGCAAAAAAACCCCAGAACAAAACAAAACCAAAAAAAGUGCUGUCAGGCUGUUGUCCAUGAAUGUCCAGAAAGCCAAGAACUGCAGUUUCCUUGUGCCAGUACAUGGGCCUUGCUGUUUCAGCCCCCAAGAGAAACCGGCUGCAGCAAACUUUGCUGAUGGUAUGAGGUUUUGAAGGAGGAGGAAUCUAUAUUGGCUCACUUGCCCAUGUGAGACAGUUUCCCCAUCUUGUCACAGGGGGAUGGAGAUUACAAUUUUAGACUGAGUUCUGGAAAUACUUGGCUUCCCCUGCACUGGUUGCUAGACAAAAAUUGUACCAUUUUUGUAAUAAGUCACAGCCUUGUUUGCCCUUGUUCUGUGUGUUCGAGGCACUCUGGUGUCAAUCAUGAGUUGGGACAUUGAUUUUUCAUAUCAAGAUCAGCUUUCAAGUCCCAGCCAAGUGAAAAUUUUGUUGUCCUGUUCUCCCAUCACGUGGACCCAGAAUCAUUUGGCAAUAGUGCAGCAGUUAGCUUUUGUUGAAGCAAUACCCCCAAGGAGGCUCCAAGCUGGAUAGCUGUGCUUCUCUCGUGCCCAUGAGAGGUGUUAGAUAUUUUCUGAGUCCAGAUCUAGUCUUCAGUGAACCAUAAAGGGAACUUGCCUGAAGAAAGCUUGCAGGCACCUUAAAAAUGUGAAUAACACCCAUGCAGAUAUGCAGGGUAGCCAUUUCCUAGUGGUUCAGUAAGAAGUUCUGUGGACCUUUCCUUGCUAUCUAUCACAUGAAGUUGUUUUGUGCAGUCUCUUUGGUGCUGCUGUAACUGACAGAAGCCUUUUUCCUAAACAGUUUUCCAACUUUAAUAACUUUUAUAUGCUACAACUGCAAGAAGCUGUAAGGGUUCAGAGAUGUAAGAAAUGACCAAGCAGUCACUCCACAAUACGUUGUUAAACCAAUCUACACUGCUUGGAUUUUCUUACCUCUGUGCUGCUUCAUGGAUACAUCUAAAUGCAAAAGCCUGUUCUUGCAAAAUCUGUGCUUUCAAUUGGUUUGGGGUUCCAGCUAUUUUUAGAGGGUCCCAGUUGUUUGUUACCAUUCAAAGGAUGCAGAAGUUUUGUAAUAAGAGAGUUUUUGUCUUCACGUGCCAUGUUUAUAUUUUAAAUAAAAUCCAUUCAUUCUUCUGGG